AUGCCGCAGGUCGGCGCUCCCCCCCCAGCACGUAAUCCGAUGUCUCCUUUCCCUUCUACAGCAUCCCCAUCAUCCAAGACGACUCUACUGGUGCCGCCGUCGCAGUCUAUCUUGACAAGACAUACCCCUCCUCCUCCCAUCCCACCGGGACGACAACCCUUUGAAGCUUUCUCCAGCCAUUCUCAAAACCUUUGA